GGGGGGGGUCCUCAGCAGUUCACUUCCUGUUCCUGUUUCUGCUGCUUCACCUCCACCUGCAGCUUCAUCACCAACACACACACACAGGUUCCCAACCUGAGGGUCCAGGCCCCACACGGGGCCUCUGAUCAGUCCGAGGGUCACGCGGUGAUAAACCGUUUUGCUGCACAAACGAAGAGGGUGAGGAGGGACCUGUCGACCCUCAGCCCCCCGCCAGAGAGAGAGACAGGUCCCACAGUAAGACCAAGAAGGCCCGCCGGGAGCGUCGCCAUGCUGACCGGGGGGGAGAAACCACAGCUUCGGCCACGCCCCCAACAGCCAUGCUGCAGCCCCAGGUGGGGGUGGAGCCACAGACACAGGGGUCGGAGCCGGUGGCGGGCCCCUCAGAGGAGCCGGGUUCAGAGUCUGCAGCCGGCAGUGAGUCUGCAGGUUCUCCCAGGCAGCGCCGCUCCAUCAUCCGGGACCGCGGCCCGCUGUACGAUGACCCGUCACUGCCUGAAGGCUGGACCCGCAAACUCAAACAGAGGAAGUCCGGACGCUCAGCUGGGAAGUUUGAUGUCUACCUGAUCAACUCGGAGGGAAAGGCGUUUCGUUCCAAGGUGGAACUUAUCGCCUACUUCCAGAAGGUCGGUGACACGACUACCGACCCCAACGAUUUUGAUUUCACUGUUACCGGACGUGGAAGCCCCUCCCGCCGUGAGAGGCGUCCCCCCAAGAAACCGAAGGUGGUGAAACCAUCGGGGCGAGGCCGUGGGCGGCCCAAAGGUAGUGGGAAGAUGCGGCAGGCUACAGAGGGUGUGGCCAUGAAGCGUGUGGUUGAGAAAACUCCGGGCAAACUGCUGGUCAAGAUGCCCUUUGGCAAGCCAGAGUCCUCCACUGGCACCACCUCCACUGCCUCAAAGUUGGUGUCUUCUGCCCUGGUGCCCAAAUCCCGUCCCGGCAGAAAGAGGAAAUCAGAACAGGAACUUCCGGCCCCACCACAGACUGCCCCCAAGAAACGGGGCAGGAAACCAACCUUGGCCUCAGCAGCAGCUUCGGUUGCCACAGCAUCCACCUCCUCGGCAUCAACCUCUGGUAGCUCAACAGCUGGGAGCUACGCUGCAGCUGCCAUUUUAGCUGCCGAGGCCAAAAGGAGAGCAGCCAAGGAGUCUUCCACCAAACCCGUCGUCCAGCAAACAGCCCUGCCGAUCAAAAAACGCAAAACGAGAGAGACAGUGGAAGAGAGGGAGAGUGUUCAGACUCCAGUGGCCACAACAACUGAGACUGAAAGAAGGUUCAGUGUAGAGGGGGAGGGAGGUAAAGGGGAGGGAGCUCCAACCUCAGAGCCUCAGCCUGCCCCCUCUGAGCAGAGCCAGUCACAAUCACAGAAGCAGCCCACUGCUUCAGAUGAAAGCCAAUUAUAUGGACAUAAGACGCAUAAAGGGCGGAAGCACAAGGAGAAAACAGGAAUAGCGUCAGGAGAUGGAGGAAGCAGAGGAGAGGAAGUAGAUGAAGAUGUAGGUGAUAAGGGAGGAGAGGGAGGAGGAGGAGGAGGAGGAAGGAGUAGCAGCAGCAGCAGUAGCAUUAGCUCAUCAAAAAGCCACAAAAGGAAGGACCGGCCACCUCACAAACACCACCAUCAUCACCACCACCACCACCAUCAUCAUCAUCGCCACCAACAUUCCUCUGCCUCCUCUGAUCAGCCUCCUCCUCCUCCUCCAGCCUCUGGACAGCCAGCAGCCUCCAGCCAGUCCAGGCCUGAAGUCGAGCCCCAGACUGCGCCUCAGCUCACCACCCAACACUCCCAGCACACCCAGCAAGCUCCUCCCAGACCACAGUCCAAGUCUGCAACUCAGUCCCUGCCAGAACCUCGGCAUCCUCCUCCUCAACCACGCCACCAGCCCCAACCCCGUUCCCAGCAGCAUCCCCAGAGCCAGUGUCCCAGUCAGCCCCAAGCCCAGCCUCAGUACCCAGUACCUCAGCCCUCUCCUACCAGGCAUGUCCUGCCCCAGCAACGGCCCCAACAACCCCCGCCCCAAACCCACAGUCAGCCCCAGGCCUUCCCCCAAAAAGCCCAGUCAGAGCCUGUCCACUCCCCAGCCCAACACCGAACCCAGCUUCAGGCUCAGCACGCUCCACCUCAGUCACACCCUCCUCAGUCCCCAUCCAUCCUGCACGUUCAUCCACCCCAAACAAGGCAUCCACAUCCGCAAACCCAGUCCCCCGCAGCACUCCAAACUCAAACCCCGCCCAGGCACCCGUCUCAACCCCAAACCCAGCUCAAACAACAGUCUCAACCCCAGACCCGGCAGUCUCUGCAGCCUCAACUCCAACCCCAGGCCAGGACCCCGGCCCAACUUCAGACUCAAUCCCAGUCCAGAAUCCCAGCCCAACCUCAGCCUCAACUGCAGCCCAGAACCCCUGCCCAAAUGCAUCCUCAAACCCAGGCCAGAAAUCCAGCCCAAACACAGCCUCAACCGCAGUCCAGGACCCCAGCCCAAACUCAGCCUCAACAGUCCAGGACCCCAGCCCAGCCUCAACCUCACCUGCAACCCAGACAUCAAGUGCAGACAAGGCACCCAUCACAACACCAACUCCAGACUCAAUACAGACCACAACCCAGACAAUCCCUCUCCCAGCAUAGGCCACCCCAGCCCCAACCCCAGUCCCAGUCCCAGUCCCAAGCACAACCACACUUUCAGCGGAUUCAAACGCAGCCGCGCCCCCAGCCCCACUCUCAGCUCACCAGGCACCAUGUGCAGCACCUCUCAUCCCACCGACCAUCUCCCAGCCUAUCCAGGACCAACCUGGUCCCUGCUCAGCAGAACCAGAGCGAACAGCCCCAAGAUCUGAGCACCACACGGCCUGGCCGAGGGAGUCUGUUGCCGAGCAGAGAGGUCAGCGUGGAGGGCGUCAGGGCGGAGGGGAGAGGGGAGCCAGUCAUGGCAUCAGAAAGCAGAGAGGUUUUAGGAGGCGAAAGAGGAUCAAACAGCACCUCGAGGCCUCCCAGCUCCAUGCCUGCUGGACCUCCAGGAGUAGCCGGGGCCGGGGUCGGUCUUGUCCCUGGGGCAGAUGGUAGGGCUAGGCUGCGGGCGGAGCCAGAGGCAGCAGGUGAGGGCAGGGAGCUCAGAGACAUCGUCCCCCAGUCUGCCGUCCCCUGCCCCAGCCGGGAAGAAACCGUAGAGUCACGGACUGUCGUCAGCGAAAGAGUCAGCUGAUUGGUCGGGCUGAUGAACAGGCUGAAUGAUCAGUAGACUGACGGACUGAGUCAGCACCAGGUGGAAGAGGAGUGUGACUGGGCUGUUCAUGGAGGUUUAGUGAUUUUACACUGUUUUCAGGAUAGGAAAGGAUAGGAAGGAUAGCGUCACACAGAGCUGGUAGGACUGUCGCAGCUUCUACGCCGUCUGAUUCUGUCAGGAGACUCUGUAAAGUUCUGGAUUUGAGAACCAACCGGGCGCUGAGGGACAGCUGGAGAGGAGAACAGAUAGUGUCUUUUUCUAGGAAAAACAAACAAAAAGGAAAAAUCGAUAAACAAGUGUGUGUGUAUAUAUAUAAUCAAAAGGCAGCUGUUGUGACCCGCUAGUCUCUGUGGGGAGGGGGGGGGGUGUAGUUUGGAACUAAAAACCAACGCUUAACAACACAUUACUCUGAACGAAACGUUGCUUCCGGAAUAUAACCUCUUUUUUUUUUAUUUCGUAUUUUGAUAGUUUAUUGUUUUGUCUCUGUUAUACAGCUUUAAACUCUGAUAUUAUUGACUGACGGUCCCUUACUCAUCGUCGUGCUGCUGACUGACAGUUCCUUAUUUAAAGUCCUGCUCUUUACUGACGGUCUCUCACUAAAGCUCCUCCUAUUGACUGACAGUCCCUUACUGAAACUAGUCCUUGACUGAAAGCCUCAGAGGUGAUGUGGGGCGGCGGUUUGCACCUUUAACUGGUUUCUUAGAAAUAUCUCUUUUUUUUUUCCUCCCCAUUUUCCAUCAAGCCCACAAUAAACAAAGAGGGGGGUCGGUAAUGUUUUCCAUCCACUUCCAGACUGCCCCCUACAGGUAGCGAAUCUGAUGUAUGAGUAUGACUCUACACAGACCUCAUUCUGUCUUUGAAACCCAUUGUCGUUUGAAAUAUUUGAACAACUCGAGUUCUUGAGUCGUCCUAUCAGACACUAAAACAGCCUCAAAAAACAAACGAGUCAGUUGUCUGAUAAGAAAACCUCGAGCGCUCCUCGUUCAUUUUUCAAGUAUUUCAAACUCAGCGAGUUGUUCUUCCAGGUUAAAGAUUCUUCCAUACUGGUCUUCAUUGAAUCUGUUUGUUUUGGUAGUCUUUUUGUUUCCAAAGGAAGCGCUUUUAAUAUCAAACCAAACCCACUUUUACAGUAGCUUUAUUUUAGUUUUUAGUCUUAAUGAGUGGGAAAUGGAGUCAUUUUUAUUGUGUCUUCGUGUUGAAUGUCUGGAACAGUUUGCACUCCUCCAGUUUGUACAAUCAACCGCCUGCAUGUCGCUCGGAGACCCUGCAGGCCCUCAACCGGAGCAACACGUACGCAGAGGUCGACCUCACCAGGGUUUACUGUCGGCCAUGUUGGUGAGGGAAGAUGUUCUGCAGGAGUAAAACCCUGAACGAGGUGUGGUUCAGCUUCAUGUGGAGUCAGAUGUGCUGGAGACGGCAACACAAAACUAUUCAGUGAGCAGAAAACUAACGUUGAGUCUGUAACUCCAGAUUUGAGAGCAUGAAAGAGAACAAAGAGGGAAACUCAACCUGGAGAAACUGAGUGCAGGACUUUCGUCGAUGUUCUUAACUGCUCGCUCUCUCAGUCUGAAAUACACAUUCGGCAGUUAGUGAACAUGAAAAUAUGGAGCAGGUGGAAAAGAAACUAGUUAUUAUUAUGUAACGAAAAGCGACAAGGUUCAACAAAAUGGCCACAGUUAUUUGAAAAUUUCCAAUCACAAUUUUAGAGGUACUGACAGAAUCAUAAACUCCUCAUGAAACGUUGCGUCCUUUCAUUUAUUUCAUUUUCUAAGUGCUUUAAGUACCUUUAGUGUGAUUAGAUUAAGACAGUUCAGGAAAUGUAUAAUCUGGAACUGGGUUUGACCUGAAUGCCCUCUUAAUAAUGUUCAUGCUCAUCAUGUUUUCAUUGACUUGAACUUUUACUUUUAAACACGAGUCUAACAGUCACACGUGUCCUGUUGAAGCAUGGAUGUAUUAUAAGAACUGGAUAACAGACUGGAUGGUGCACAUUCAGUUGAAUGGAAAUUCAAAAAAUCCCCAAAAAGUUUUCUAGCUUCCUGGUUUGCUUCCGCAUUGUGUCCCACUGCACAUGCUCAGUAGCGUUUCUGUCCCUGGCCCAUAGACUUUACAUUGGGAUGUCGCAAAUAAAAACAGGUUUUCUAGGCUCUGAGAAAGUUUUACAAAUAUAAACACAAACAGAAAUAUCUGAGCUCGUUCUGUCAGCAGUUUUACAGACGUCUCUACAGGGAGCAGUCGUGUUUUAGUUGCAGUACUGCGAGUGACCACUGGGACACAUUAGCAGUAAGACCUGGUGGAGGCGCCGCAUCACGUCUAUUUAUACAUAUUUAAUACAUUUCUUAAUACAUCUGUGAGUUGAAGCCAGAUUGUAUCAUCUAAGGGCGUUUUCAAACCCAAAGUCUGCUCUGCUCUGAGUCAGUGAUGAGUUGGUAAACUUUCUCCUUGGUUCGAUUUGUUUUCACACAGAAAAAUCCAAGUGAACCAACGUGCAUCAGCAAAAUCCAGAUGAGGAUGUUCUCUCCUCUCAUUGGUUAGAUGUGUCAGACGCAGGAGCGAGAACGUAAACACAGGAAGAAGGUCCUGAAGAAACUCCAAUCUGCCCAAAUAUCAAGAAGCUAGUCCAGAUCAGACCUCCACUCAUUCUCCGGCUAGCUGCUAGCAAGUGCUCAUUUUGCUCAUUGACAUCCCAGAAUGCAAAGCGCAGCUGGCUACAGGAGCCGUUUAGCUCAAACCUGCAGAGUUCGCCGUGUAGUCGGGUCAGAUGGCGGUCGGACCACAUUCCCACCACAAAUGACUGCUUCAGAAUUCAUUUGUAAGUGGACUGAGACCACUUCCUCUUAAGGGUCUCUGGAUGGUGGUUUUGUUCAGAUCAGCCCAAACGAAUCGUACCAAGGACGAAAACCAACCAGAGUCUGAACCAGACACCCCGAGACCCUUCAGACAGAACAUCUGGAGAAAACACAGAGCUGACUUCAGACUGAGCGCGGAUUUAGCAGAACCUUAGCUGGACGCGGGGGGGGGGACUUAGUUUCCACUCGCUUAGCAACCAAAGCAAAACAGCCUGUUUGAUCCACAGUCUGCCGGCACGUUUCGCUGCUGCUUAAAUCUCUGUAGCUGCUUACUACCAACAACAACAGAGAAAGUUAUUUAGUUUAGUUCUUCUUCAAAUCCUGCUCAGAAUACUCAACAGGCUCCACCUAGUGGCAAAAACCACGCAGCACAUCCACAAACACCAGGACCGAAGGAACCUUACAGCUUACAAAAACAGGUCAAACAUUGUAUAUUAAGAAUACAAUUUCAAAUGGAUUAAAUGACACUAAAAUAGUAAAUUGUGGGUUCCUUUAUAAAGGAAAUAAUGAAGCAGUAAGUACAACCAGCCUCGUCGCUGUCAGUUAGCCCCUGGUUACUGAAUUCAUCCAAAACUGACCCAGAAUCAGAAAAACUGAAUCUGAAGAUUGUAAAAUCAGUUUUCUCAGCAGUGUAAUCUUUAUGCGAAGCCCUGUGAUUGGCUGUAUGAUAGUGAAAUGCACCCUGGGAGUCGUAGUUGACUUCUUCAGUUUUUAUGUAGCUUUUUAUCGAAGAACCUGAUAUUUUCUAACACAGUUGUUCAUCUUUUGUUCUGACGAUUCCUCAGUUUCAUGUCACGACAGCACGAAGCAGACGCUUCCUGUUCGCUCCUCCGAACACGUCGAGCUCUCAGAUCUGAACUUACAGACGCCGUUUGAAUGUUGAUGCUCUCUCAGUAGAUUUGAUAUCCAUAAACUUUUUGCACCUUAGUGUUCACGUGACUCUUUGGGGAAAGCUCCAGCACUUUAGCAAUGACGUUGGAAAAUUGAGCUUCUCACCCCUCAACCAGAAACAAGUCCAAUAACUGAAUGUCUUCAUCCUGGAGAAAAUAAAUGUGCCUCGCUGUUAAAAGUCCACUCACCUGAAGCUCCGGUCACCCGGUCGCAUCACACAGGUGACGUCGUUUGUGUCCACCUGAAGCGGCCUCACCUCUGCGUACUUGGCGCUCCGCCUGCCGCCCAGUCUGCUCAGAGCAGUGAACCUGUUAGCAUGCUGUCUCUCACGCAGCUGCAGAUAUCAAACGUCCCUCUGUGAACGGACUCACUCCACAGGACUCGACCCGGCACAAACUACAGUAACCAGCCACCAUAUUGCAUGUUCCAGAGUUUAGUGCCUAUAAUAUUGUGCGUCUUGCCAGAAGCCACCAUGUCAGCCAAGCCAUGUUGUGUUUCUAGACUUAGUAGUGAUGUGUGUGGUGACUUCAUAGUUGCUAAUAUUGAGGAUGAAUAUUCUGCUUUUACUCUGGUUGGAAUUCAGUGGAAACUCCAAUACACUGUCGCUGUAGACAAAACUAGUUUUUACCUGUUUUCUUAUUUUUCUUUCUAACUAAAAGCGUUUGUUGUCCCCUGA